AAACAUUUAUAUUUUAACAGAGUUCAGAUGGAAGAAUGCCAAAAUCUACAAACUUCGACUAAAGAUGAAAAAUCAGCAAUCUCUCCAACGGAGCCCACCGCAUCUAAUAAAAGAACGAAAUACAGUUCAAAAACUAGCCUCUUUGGAAUAAGAAAACUCAAAUCUAAUUUCUCCACUCAAAAUGUAAGACGACUUAGUACUGAUAGCAUGAUCAAUGGGCGAUUGGACACAAUCGGACGACGAUUAAGUGGAGAUAUUAAUCUGUCUUCACCAGAUCCCAAUCGUAAUUUUGAAACAUUUGGGAAACGUGAAAAUGGAAAUAGAUAUGAUACAUAUUCUGGAAAAGAAUCGAGAGCAACAAAUAAAGAAAGCAAAUAUGACACGCUUAGCGGAAAAAUUGAAAACUAUGCGUCAAAUGAUGUAAAACUUUCAGAUCUUGGUAGAAAAAACAGGAAACAUAGCAGAAGAACACUAUUAAAGCUAGAAACAAGUGUGAAAUUUAAGAAGCAUGAAAGGGAAGAUGACCACAGAUUGAUUCCUAUACACGAACGAGUUGCACUUGGUCUCGCACCUCCAUGCAUCAUGAACGACACAAGCAGUGCUCUCCUUAGAGAUCAACUACACGAAGAGCUUCGAUUAAAAUACAGUUCAUUUGAAUUCAACAGAAGCAAGGGAAAUUCAAAUGAACAUAAGAAAGCUUUGUCACACUGCCAAGAUAGAAAGGCAAACGACAUAGUUUGCAAACUUCAAGAAUGAAAACACUCCGAGAUGCUUUUAAACGAAAUAUAUAUAACGCCAAGUAGAUUGUUAGUUGAAUCGAAAAAAGAGGUAACAAAAUAACAAAUUAAAAUAUAGUUUUCAACAUCUUGUACUUCGUAGAAAAAUUGCAGAUCUCGAAACACAAUGUUCAACAGUUGAAAUAUAAAAAAAAUCUUGAGUAUCACAA